CUGCUCCAACCAUCCGGGCCAAGAGGCCUCCCAAUCAGACCUGGACGGCUCCAGCUGUGUCCUGAGGCGCUGGACCAGCCACAUCCCCUGGGGCUGGAGUUAAAGCAGAACCAAGUGGCCAUCCCGGCGUUAGACCAUCGGUUCCUGGCUCCCGGAGCGGUCAGAGCCAGCGAGUGGGCAGGCAGCUUUUGCUCACAGGCCCCAGUGCCCAGGGGCGCUGGCUCUCCGCAGGGCGGAAUGGCGCUGCAAGUGGAGCUGGUACCCACCGGGGAGAUCAUCCGCGUGGUUCAUCCCCACAGGCCCUGCAAGCUUGCCCUGGGCAGUGACGGGGUUCGGGUGACCAUGGAGAGUGCGCUGACCGCCCGUGACCGGGUGGGGGUGCAGGAUUUCGUGCUGCUGGAGAACUUCACCAGCGAGGCCGCCUUCAUCGAGAACCUGCGGCGGCGGUUUCGGGAGAACCUCAUCUACACCUACAUUGGCCCCGUCCUGGUCUCUGUCAACCCCUACCGGGACCUGCAGAUCUACAGCCGGCAGCAUAUGGAGCGUUACCGCGGCGUCAGUUUCUAUGAAGUCCCCCCUCACCUGUUUGCCGUGGCUGACACUGUGUACCGAGCACUGCGUACGGAGCGUCGGGACCAGGCCGUGAUGAUCUCUGGGGAGAGCGGGGCAGGCAAGACGGAGGCCACCAAGAGGCUGCUACAGUUCUAUGCGGAGACCUGCCCAGCCCCCGAGCGCGGAGGUGCUGUUCGGGACCGGCUGCUGCAGAGCAACCCGGUGCUGGAGGCCUUUGGAAAUGCCAAGACCCUCCGGAACGAUAACUCCAGCAGGUUCGGGAAGUACAUGGAUGUGCAGUUUGACUUCAAGGGUGCCCCCGUGGGUGGCCAUAUCCUCAGUUACCUCCUGGAAAAGUCACGAGUGGUGCACCAGAAUCACGGGGAGCGGAACUUCCAUGUCUUCUACCAGCUGCUGGAGGGGGGCGAGGAGGAGACUCUUCGCAGGCUGGGCUUGGAACGGAGCCCCCAGAGCUACCUGUACCUGGUGAAGGGCCAGUGUGCCAAAGUCUCUUCCAUCAACGACAAGAGUGACUGGAAGGUCGUCAGGAAGGCUCUGACAGUCAUUGAUUUCACCGAGGAUGAAGUGGAGGACCUGCUGAGUAUCGUGGCCAGCGUCCUUCAUUUGGGCAACAUCCACUUUGCUGCCGACGAGGAGAGCAAUGCCCAGGUCACCACCGAGAACCAGCUCAAGUAUCUGACCAGGCUCCUUUGCGUGGAAGGCUCGACACUGCGAGAAGCCCUGACACACAGGAAGAUCAUCGCCAAGGGGGAGGAGCUCCUGAGCCCGCUGAACCUGGAGCAGGCCGCCUACGCGCGAGACGCCCUCGCCAAGGCUGUGUACAGCCGCACUUUUACCUGGCUCGUCGGGAAGAUCAACAGGUCGCUGGCCUCCAAGGAUGCGGAGAGCCCCAGCUGGCGGAGCACCACGGUUCUCGGGCUCCUGGAUAUUUAUGGCUUUGAAGUGUUUCAGCAUAACAGCUUUGAGCAGUUCUGCAUCAAUUACUGCAACGAGAAGCUGCAGCAGCUCUUCAUCGAGCUCACGCUCAAGUCGGAGCAGGAGGAGUACGAGGCGGAGGGCAUCGCGUGGGAGCCCGUCCAGUAUUUCAACAACAAAAUCAUCUGUGAUCUGGUAGAGGAGAAGUUUAAGGGCAUCAUCUCGAUUCUGGAUGAGGAGUGUCUGCGCCCCGGGGAGGCCACGGAUCUGACCUUCCUGGAGAAGCUGGAGGAUACUGUCAAGCACCAUCCACACUUCCUGACGCACAAGCUGGCUGACCAGCGGACCAGGAAAUCUCUGGGCCGAGGGGAAUUCCGCCUUCUGCACUAUGCUGGGGAGGUGACCUACAGCGUGACCGGAUUUCUGGACAAAAACAAUGACCUUCUCUUCCGGAACCUUAAGGAGACCAUGUGUAGCUCGAAGAAUCCCAUUAUGAGCCAGUGCUUCGACCGGAGCGAGCUCAGUGACAAGAAGCGGCCAGAGACGGUCGCCACCCAGUUCAAGAUGAGCCUCCUGCAGCUGGUGGAGAUCCUGCAGUCUAAGGAGCCCGCCUACGUCCGCUGCAUCAAGCCGAAUGAUGCCAAACAGCCUGGCCGCUUUGACGAGGUGCUGAUCCGGCACCAGGUGAAGUACCUGGGGCUGAUGGAGAACCUGCGCGUGCGCAGAGCCGGCUUUGCCUAUCGCCGCAAAUAUGAAGCUUUCCUGCAAAGGUACAAGUCACUGUGCCCAGAGACGUGGCCCACAUGGGCAGGACGGCCGCAGGAUGGGGUGGCUGUGCUGGUCCGACACCUGGGCUACAAGCCAGAAGAGUACAAGAUGGGCAGGACCAAGAUCUUCAUCCGCUUCCCCAAGACCCUGUUUGCCACAGAGGAUGCCCUGGAGGUCCGGCGGCAGAGCCUGGCCACAAAGAUCCAAGCUGCCUGGAGGGGCUUUCACUGGCGGCAGAAAUUUCUCCGGGUGAAGAGAUCAGCCAUCUGCAUCCAGUCGUGGUGGCGUGGAACGCUGGGCCGCAGGAAGGCAGCCAAGAGGAAGUGGGCGGCGCAGACCAUCCGGCGGCUCAUCCGAGGCUUCAUCCUGCGCCACGUCCCCCGCUGCCCCGAGAAUGCCUUCUUCCUGGACCAUGUGCGCACCUCUUUUUUGCUAAACCUGCGGCGGCAGCUGCCCCGGAAUGUCCUGGACACCUCCUGGCCCACGCCCCCACCUGCCCUGCGUGAGGCCUCAGAGCUUCUGCGGGAGUUGUGCAUAAAGAACAUGGUGUGGAAAUACUGCCGGAGUAUCAGCCCUGAGUGGAAGCAGCAGCUGCAGCAGAAGGCCGUGGCUAGUGAGAUCUUUAAGGGCAAGAAGGAUAAUUACCCUCAGAGUGUGCCCAGGCUCUUCAUCAGCACUCGGCUUGGUGCAGAUGAGAUCAGCCCCCGAGUGCUGCAGGCCUUGGGCUCUGAGCCCAUUCAGUAUGCUGUGCCUGUCGUGAAAUACGACCGCAAGGGCUACAAGCCUCGCUCUCGGCAGCUGCUGCUCACGCCCAGCGCCGUGGUCAUCGUGGAGGACGCCAAAGUCAAGCAGAGGAUUGAUUACACCAACCUGACCGGAAUCUCUGUCAGCAGCCUGAGCGACAGUCUUUUUGUGCUUCAUGUACAGCGUGAGGACAAUAAGCAAAAGGGAGAUGUGGUGCUGCAGAGUGACCACGUGAUUGAGACACUGACCAAGACAGCCCUCAGUGCCGACCGCGUGAACAACAUCAACAUCAACCAGGGCAGCAUCACGUUUGCAGGGGGCCCCGGCAGGGAUGGCACCAUUGACUUCACCCCCGGCUCGGAGCUGCUUAUCACCAAGGCCAAGAACGGGCACCUGGCUGUGGUCGCCCCACGGCUGAAUUCUCGGUGAUAAAGGCGCCCGCUGGACCCUCCCAACUCCCAACGCUUUGCUUUUCUCCUCCUCCCCCUCCCAGUUACCAAAGACUCGAGCUUCCAGACAGGGACCCAGGGAUACCCAGAAGCUCACCUGCAGUCCCCCACCUCCUGCUCGUCCCUUUCUUGAGGGAGCAGCAGGGGCCAGGAGCUGCCCCAGGAGUGGGCCAGGCCGGGCCACAGCAAUAGGAAAGCCAGGGCCAGAGCAAGCCAUGCCAGCCCUACUGCCGAUGCCAAAUAUUUGAGAGAAGGGAACUUUUGCUGAGGUUUUCUCUGAGGUUUUUUUGAUGCUUUAUAGGAAACUAUUUUUUAAAAAAAGCCAUUUCCCACCCAAGGACACACUGGAUGUGUUUUCCCUGACUCCAGCGGGGAAAGGAAUGUAGCCGAGAGGUUGUGUGGGCUGGGCUCUGGUGCCCUCUUCCCUGGCCCGGCCACCUCUCCUCCUGAUUCCCUUGGCACCUUGUCUGUCUGUCUGCCUGCCUGUCUCCCUGCCUGCCCAUCUGCACCUGUUGCAGCCCACUCUGACUUCCAUCUGGGGGCUGAGACCACCCUUGCCUGCCCCCUUCUUUCUGCCUUAAGAAUGUCCUUUUAGGCUGGGCACGGUGGCUCACACCUGUAACCCCAGCACUUUGGGAGGCCGAGGUGGGCAGAUCACCUGAGGUCAGGAUUUCGAGACCAACCUGACCUACAUGGAGAAACUCUGCCUCUAGUAAAAAUGUAAAAUUAGCCGGGCAUGGUGGUGCACGUCUGUAAUCCCAGCGACUCGGGAGGCUGAGGCAGGAGAAUCGCUUGAACGCGGGAAGUGGAGGUUGCAGUGAGCCAAGAUUACACCAUUGCAUUCCAGCCUGGGCAACAGAGUGAGACUCCUUCUUAAAAAGAAUGCCCUUUUACUGUCCUCAUCAUCCCAGUUUGAGGCCAUGCUGGAGUGGGGAAGGCCAUCUUAGACCAUAGAGGUUGGAAGACGCUGAGAGUUCAUCCAGCCCAGCCCCUUGAUGUUACAGAGCAGAAGACAGACGCCCAAACAGGAGAAGGCACUUGCCCACGGUCAUACGGCAGGUUGCCACAAAACCAAGACGGCAGCCCUUCCUCAGCAUGCCUCACUGCCAUUCCCAGAGACAGGGAGCCCCAUGAAACCCAGUUCAUGUCUUAAGAGUAGAUCUGGCUCCUUGACCAGCAGUCAGCCCUGGGAGCCGCCAGGUGGGAAGCGCCUCUGCCUGAGUGCAGGCCUUGGGAUGACAGACAGCAACUUGCCCACACACUCGGGCCCACUCAAGGAUGUAGGGCCUUUUCUGGCCCCUGACCCCUCCCUGGCAUGGGAGCGUCGGGAAGGGGCUGGCCUUGGGAGGAGCGGCAGGGGCAUCACCUCUUUCUGCUGCUUCUCCCCGCUCUUACCCUCGAGGGCCUGGGGGCUGCCCAGCUGCCUCUAUGCCCUUCUGGGGGUCUCAGCCCACUGCUGACACUUCUGCAAUCCAGAGAAACACUAAAUAAAGCAAUACAUGUUUGCCAA